AUUUAGUAUCUUAAAAACUGUUCACGGCAUGGUUGCUGCUUUAAUACAGUGAGCAAAGUAUCACAUACCUAACUUUGCUUAAAUCACAGUGAACAUCGAGAUCAUGACGUCUUUCGCAAACCUGACGAAAUACAUUAUGCAUUCUGUGAACCUGAACAGCUACUUCCAUCUCUCAUUUCAAGGGGGCGGGGCACAUGAUGACCUGCAUAAAAUUCAUUCAGAGGAGGAAAUGGAAAGGUUAAUGGAGGCUGACAGGCUGUGGUCAAUCGUUAUGUCCAUUCACGCCGUCUACCUGUGGGUCAUCGCCGCCCUGGGUCUGCCCGGCAACAUCCUGGCCCUCAUCACCAUCCUCAGCAUGCACGUCAUAACCCCAGCCGCCAUGCUGGUGGCGACCCUAGCGGCCACUGACGGUCUGGCUCUAAUCUUCAAAUUGAUCGGGCACCAGGUCUUCAGACACGGCCUGCACGUGGGGGACACCGGCUGUAAGUGUGAGUUCCUGGUCAUGUACAUCUCCACGCUGGCCAACUGGGUCCUGCUCUGUAUCUGCGCCGAAAGAUUCAUCGUCAUCUGUCAGCCUAAGUUCCACAACGUGGUCUCCACCAAAAAAUUCUGGGCUGUUGUUUUGAUUCUCUGCGGCGUCGCCUUGUUGGCGAUAUUCCUCCCGAUUUCCGUGGUGAUGCGGAUUUCUGUGAUUAAGGGCACCAAAUGUGGGACAGACGACCAGUACUACUGGUUCUUCGUGAACGUCUGGUACUGGAUCAACGCCAGCCUGCACCUCUUCAUCCCCUUCUCCUUCGUCGCCCCGCUGACGGUGUUGACUGUUGUCAGAUUGUACAAGACCCGCGGAGUCCUGACCGGAACUGAGGCAGAAAACAAGAACCAGGCUGUGCGACAGAUGGCGGUGAUGCUGGUGGUGGCGGCGCUGAUGUUCCUGCUCCUGUCCCUGCCGUCAUGCGUCUACUUCCUGUCCUACAAGAUGAGCGACAACCAGGUGGUAGAAGCCAGGUGGGCGAUCUUCGAGCAGGUGCAGUACAUGCUGAUUGACUCGACGCACGCGGUCAACUUUUACCUGUACUUCCUGUCCUCCCAGCUGUUCCGGACACGCCUCAUUAGUCUCUUCUGCUGCCGAAAGUCGCAGAGUUUGGACAUUGGCACUUCCGCUGACCAAAUUUAAGGCCAAGUUCACACACGUCACUCAGUCACUCCACACAAUCAUACAGUAACUCCAAACAAUCACAACGUCAUUCCACACAAUCAUCCAGUAACUUCAAACAACAACAAAGUAAUUCCACACAAUCAUCCAGUAUCUUUAAACAAUUACUCAGCCACUUGAAACAAUCAUACAGUAACUCCAAACAAUUGCAAAGUAAUUCAUAGUUACUUCACGAUACAAACUCUGAAUUUAACAUGCAUAGCAAAAACAUAUUAUCUUGAAUUUUCUUUUGCCACUACAAUAUCAUUUUGCCCAACGCCGCCAUAAAAAUUCAUGUUGCAAGGUAAAACAGUGAAAACAUUGCUUUCAACAUCACACAGAACAGCAGCAAAUAGUUUGUUUGACAUGCUGAGAUAUAAACUUGGACGCGCUGAUAUAUAAACAAUGUUGUUACUGCUGGUGCUCUAAAUGUGUAUAUACAGGUGUAUACAUGACUGUAUUUUAGUAAUUUUGUCUUGUAACAUAGCUGUAAGGAUAUUGUUUCACUCUAAUGGUACGUAUAGGUAUUUAAAAGACUGGUUUUUUAAUCAAGGUUACUAAAUAAAUGAUAACUUGUAAAAUGAUUAAAUAGAGGACGAUACUUGUCAGAUAUUUUGAGAUCUUAAUGUAUGAUAGAUGAACAUACUGUAGCUAGCCCACUUGUUUGUUUAUUAAACAUGUAAAGUUGAAAGAUUUUUAAAAAAUCAUUUUAGUUAGCAUUUCUUUUAUAUUUUAUUGAUGUUUUUUGUACACACUGUAAUACUCUUUAGGUGUGUUACAAAAGCUCAUCAGAAAACAAGGUAAAUGUUGUAUGCACUUUAUUUAAGAAUAAACAAUGUCAUGGUAGUAAAAUGAUGUUGAACAUGUACAAUGUUAUGUAACUCGCUUAUUAUAUUACAAUAAACAAUGUAUAGCUUCAG